AUGGCCUAUUCACGAUCACCACCACAAUCCAUGUCAUCCCACGAUGAUUGGGGCUCGACACCACCAAACCGAUCAUACUCGAGCUCAUCUCGUUCUACCGGUCACCAAUCUGGAACACACUCAACAGUUUCAGCUUCUGGGCGCGCUCACUCUGGAAAUACGGCUGCUUACGAGACAGCAGCGAGGACUUACUAUGUUGAACUGAAGAAAUUCUUGGCAUCCCUCUUAGCCAAAGAGGCAAGUGAGGGUGUUCCUCCGCAACGCGUUUCUGCUCGCCAAAAACUCUCAAGGCUCAACGCUUUGCAAUUUCAUGAACUUGCAAUGGAUGUGUAUGAUGAAAUGAUGCGAAGGGUUGCCGAAGAUAAGCAAGUGCCAUUCCUAGCGGUUCGUGAAGAAUUCCAUCCAAGACGCAAUCAAGCAAGGCAAAAACUCGCUACACUUCCGAGUUCACGGUUCAAAGAUUUAGCAAGUGAUGUGUAUCAUGAAAUUGCUCGUAGAUACAACUAUGUUCUGGAAUCAGAUGGCGCCAAUAGGCCCCCAGUUCCCCCAGUUCCGAAUAUCAACAAGCAUGAAUCUCCAGCCAGCAAACCCCAAGCCAGUCAAUCGACAAACAUUAUACCUGUUAAAGGAACGAUCAAUGUUGAGACGGUUAUGCUUACUGAUGAAGAAAAAGAGUAUUCAAGCACAAGGAAUAUCGCUGAAGAUACAUCGAUGAAUAAUUCAAGCGACGUUCAUCAUGAGCAGCCAUCGAGAUCGCCUCCGAAACCAUCCAUGACCGCAGCUACCAAUGGGCAUUUAAGCAGUGGAAGCGCAUCUGGAAGCGAGAGCAAUUUCCAGUCACUUGAUAGUUUAAUGGCGGAUUUGGGAAACAUGGUAUCCAACAAAACGCCUACCAGCGCAAACAACGAUAAUAAGGGACUAGGCGAUAAGGCAACAGACAUUCUGGAAAAAGUACGGGCAGACUAUGAACAUCAACUCGCAAGUGCUACAAAACGAUGCCGUCAACUUGAGGAUGAAGUUAUGACACUGCGAGAAAAACGUAAUCAAGAGAGCUCAGAUGGUGACAGCGGUCAGCUGCAAUCUCGUCUGAGACAAUUACAGGAAGAGUACAAUCGUCUGGAUGACCAACAUCGACAGCUACAAGUAGACUACAAUCAUCAGCAGAGUGCAAUAGAGGGUGUACGAGAAGAAAUCAGCCAUUUGCUUGAACAAACCAAGCUUUUAUCAUCCAAAAACAAUGAUCUACAAGCUAUUGCAGAAGUCGCUGAAGAUCGGGCACGACAACUGAACAUGGAGGUUAAAGAAUGGAAAAGUAAAUAUGAGAAGUGCCGGAUCGAGCUACGUACGAUAAAGGCGACGUCUUUUGAACGACCUGUUUUAUCGAAGCAGAGCGCACUUGAAAGCGAAUUUUUGCAGCCAACAGACGAAGGGGUCAUCUCCCAUGCCAAUGUCGUCUCGUAUCAAACGUCUAUCGACGAAUUAUUGCAAACGGCAAGGUCAAGCAAGCCAUCUGAUGUUCUUUUUGUCAUGCAAAGCAUCGUCCUCACCUGCAAGCUGAUAACAGAGCAGGUUGAAUCUUAUGAAAACAGUGGCCGUUCAACUGUGGUGACUUCAGAAAAGUUGGUCUCCCUGAAGAGUCAGUUUUCGACAGCAUUAUCAAAUUUGUUGAACGCCGCAAAAAAUCAUGCACGGGGUAUGGGAAUUAGUCCCGUGAGUCUUUUGGAUGGAGCAGCAGGUCAUUUAACGGCAGUUGUUGUCGAUCUCGUCAAAACGCUGGGGAUGAUGAAAGAUAGUAGGACGUCGCAAGAAUAUGAAACCAUAGCUUUUGACAAAGGCCUUUCGAAUCAAAAUGCUGCUUUGUCCAAGGAAGAAGCAAUCGGCAACUUGUCAGAAUUAUCGGCAUACUUGAAAACGGAGACAGAUCACAUCGUGAAGAUCAUACAACAAUUGCUCACUGCAUUGCGCUCACCUGACGAAGGGAAGAGUGUGGCCGAAAUCAUCACUGCUAUCGUCACCAUUGUAACGGAUGUCAUGGAAAUUUGCGAAAGUACAUUUGACGCUCCCGAGUUUCCACAACGACAACAGACAACCUCAGUAUUGUCCAAUCUCAUGCAUUCCAAAGAAACUCUGCUCUAUAUCCGUGACAACUCUUUCAGUCAAUCUCCUGAAUCUGCAAGUGCAGCUGCUAAAAGGGACUUGGCCAAAGAAGCAUAUGAAAUAGCCAAAUUCACCAAGGAGCUCAUUACUAUUUGCGACAAUUUAUCUUAG